AUGAAAAAUAAAGCGAAAUCGAUCGAAACUCACACACAAUUCCCAGAUUUCAGCUCCCAAAUCCACUGCACAAAACACCCGAACCCAUCUCAGGUCGGCGUGUGCGCUCCCUGCCUGAGGGGCGAAUUGGUAAAAUUAGCCUCCUCCGACGCCGGCCUCUCCUCGUACCGGCACUCGACCGGCUCCUUCGACCUCGACGUCGCCGGAAAAUUCUCGUUCUUCGCGGAAAACGAGGAAACAAUCAGAGCCCAGUCGAAAAAAUCCGAUCUUUUCAGGAUCAGGAGCAGCAGCGGCGGCUGUGCGGUUGGGCCGAAGGGGCCGCUGGAAAAAUUCUGGAGAGUUAAUAAGCGCCUUUUGGGGAAAGGGAUUAUUAAACUGAAUGGGUCGCCGGAGAAUUUUGGAUUUUCGGGGGGCCAAAGUGGAAUUAAUUAUCGGGUUUCCGGUAAAAUGGGUGCGACACCGAGGUCCACGUCGUCAUCAUUCUCUGUGGCCAAGAUUUCUGACGUCACCAAUGAUGGGUUUUUGGAGUUCGAUUUUUCGUCUGAAUAUGAUAAGCAGGAUUUUUCUGAGUCGAAGAAUGGGUGUAAAAGGCACAAGGUUUGGAGGAGGAUUUUUAAGCGACUAAGUGUAGGGAAAAGUUUGUAG